AUGCCCAUAACAGUGAAAGCAGAUGUCUACAGCUUUGGAAUUGUGUUGCUGGAGAUGGUAUGUUGUCGUCGUAGUGUGGAUAUCAGUCUUCCUGAGGAUGAAAUAGUUCUUACAGAUAGGGUCUACGACUGUUACAUGGCUGGUGAGCUAAACAAGCUACUGGGUGAUGAAGAGGUGGAGAAGAGAGGAUUGGAGAGGAUGGUUACUGUGGGUCUUUGGUGCAUCCAGGAUGAGCCAUCCCUCCGUCCCUCGAUGAAGGUGGUCUUAAUGUUGGAAGGGACUGUAGAAAUUCCAAUUCCUCCUGAUCCCUCAUCUUUCCUAAAUUUGGACCCUCCCCACUCCCUUAAAGCUGCAGCGUUCUGUCUUGCACCCUCUCCAUCUCUAAUGGCGUCUAAGCUGCCUGUAUUCUUUGUGUUUGUGUUUCUCUCCGUACUUUGUUUAGUUGUUGGGGCUCAACAAAAUCUUUCAAAUUUGAUCAAUUUGGGCUCUUCGCUCUCCCCAUCCACUCAACCCAACUCAUGGCUCUCAUCCUCCGGCCGAUUCGAAUUUGGCUUCUACCCAGAAGGCAAAGGCUUCUCCGUCGGAAUUAGGUUGGUUGGAAACCCCGAAAAGACAGUUGUCUGGACUGCAAGACGCGACGACCCACCGGUCUCCUCGAAUGCUACCCUAGCUUUGACCAAGGAGGGUUGGCUUGUUCUGCGGACAGAAAAAGGUGAAGAGAUAAACAUCACCGGCGCGUCUGAUCCCGCUUCCUUUGCUUCAUUGCUCGACUCUGGCAAUUUUGUGCUCUACGACAAUGUUUCAAAUGUGAUCUGGAAGAGCUUCGAUUCUCCCACUGACACCAUAUUGGGUGGUCAGAAUCUAACCAACGGCAAUUUGUUGGUUUCCAGUGUAUCAAACACUGACCACUCAAGUGGACGAUUUAUUCUCUAUAUGCAGUCAGAUGGUAACCUUGUUGCUUACCCGAUAAACACCACAGCCGAAUCCCUCAACGCGUAUGAUUGGACGAGCACAUAUACCGGAGGAGACAGCAUCAACUUAAAUCUCGAUUACAACGGCAACCUAUUCCUCAGCCAACAGGGUUCUUUGCUACUCCUUCUAGUCAACCUGUCGUCGUCCAGCUCCAGCGGACACGGGGCGGUUGUUUACCGUGCAACACUUGACCCCAAUGGUAAUUUCCUGCUGUAUUCUCAUAGCUUUAGCAGCGGUGGUAGCGCCACCAUGAAGCUUGAGUGGUCGGCGUUGCAAGACCAGUGUGAAGUCAAGGGUUUCUGCGGCUUCAACAGCUAUUGCGCUCUCAUGGGUAGUGAACAUGAUUGCCUUUGUUUUCCUGGUUUCAACUUUAUCGAUCCCAAUCAAAAGUUCCUCGGCUGCCAGGGUGACUUUGGUCCAGAAGGUUGCAGAGACUGGAAAGAGGCAGUGAAACAGUACACGGUUAUUCAAAUGAAGGAUCUGGUUUUUCCCGUACCGCCUUACUCCGUAGUGCCAAUGACGGAAGCAGAUUGCAGCAAAUCGUGUUUAGAAGACUGUAAUUGCGGAGCGGCGCUGUUUGAUAGUAAUGGGAAUU